AUGGCAGCAUCUCCCUUGGCACCGCGCGUCUCCAUGCGCAACCGGCCGAAAGCAAGCAUGGCCGGCCGUCGCCGUCCUCUUCGUUCCUCAAGCCAAAGGCCAGGCCACCUUACUGGGCUUCCCCUACUUCCCUCCAAACCCUUACCUUCCAAGACCACCGCCGCAACCACGGCCACAAGCCCCGCCGCCGCCACAGCGGUUCCCACCACCGAUCCGAGCCCCACCACCGCCACAGCGUGCCCCGCCGCCUCCUCAGCCUCCACCACCACGACGCGCUCCGCCACCGCCCACCCUACCACCACCACCUCCUCGUCAAGGCCCCCACCACCGGCUCUGCCACCCCCCGCCACCACGCCGUGCUCCGCCACCGCCCACAAUGCCGCCACCGCCACCACGCCAUGCUCCUCCGCCCCCACUCAGCCCCGCCGCCCACCUCGCCGUGCUCCCCACCACCGUCCCCCGCCUAUUCGCCCACCGCCACCACCAACUCCUCGGCCUCAAGUGCCACCACCACCGCCCACCCGCCGCACCGCCCCGCCACAUAUCCAUCCUCCGCCGGCGCCUGUGCCGCCUCCGCCUAGCCCUCCGCACCACAUUGUCAUCAUCGUGGUGUUCGUCUCACUGAGCGGCCUGCUGCUGCUGGCAUGCCUCGCCGCGCUCCUCUGCUGGCACAAGAAGAGGGGGAGGAAGACGGAGACCAAGGCUGAGGUGCUCAACUUCAGCGACCAUGUCCAUGUCCACAAGGAUACCAUGCCAGGUCCUGGGGGUGCCAACGUCGUCAGGCUGACAGUAGACGAGGACGUCAAGUUCCAAGAGGCGGUCAAGAAGCAGGACGCCAUUGGCGAGUCCUCAAACACCGCAGCAGCUGGGAAGACAACAGCGCAUCACCACCUCCCUUGGACCUGGCACAAGAAACAUGAGAGCAGAGAAGAGAAGACAGAGGUCAUCAACGUCACAAAGCACAAGCAUGUCGACGAGGUCAUACCUGGGCCGCAUGGCGAAAAGAUUGAGGUCCUUUCAGAAGAUGAAGAUAUCAGAUUUGAAGAGGCCGGCGAGAACGAAGAUGAGUUUGAGAAAUCCAAGGCACGCAUAACCAAGUCCUAA